CCUCUGGAGGCGCGGGCAGACAUCUUCCCCCGAGCGAAGAGCACAUCAUUCUUGGAAUCGAGAGCUUCUCAGCUGCGGCCCGUAUCGCUGCUUUCAGAGGCAACAGAGAUUCUCGACACCGAUUUUGAAGACGAGAGCGACGAUGGACGAGCUUCGCACAAGGGUAGCUUGGACUCGUUUGAUGACCGAAGAAGAAGCCAAACAACGAUAUCAUCCUACGAUGAGGCCCGAACACCAAGCCCAAGGACAAGUACCCAAAAUCGGCCGCCGUUGUCCAUUCAUGUCCCGUCAGUCGAAGGACCGAGAGGACCUCAUCUCUUCAGAUCAUCACACGUCUCUGCCGAUUUCAACUUUGAGUAUGCCUUGCAAAUGUCGCCUCUACUACCCAAAGAGCAACCAUCGCGAACGGCUACGGCUACCGCGUUUACGGAUGCCACACUGACUCCACUGACUGCAAACCCUAAUCAGAGCUUCACCAUCGAAGCUGCUCUAGCACGGCCCGAAGCUGACGUGCGUGAUCCCGAGGCCCACAUUCGGUCAUGGUCGACGCAACAGGUCAUUGAUUGGAUGUACGGGACGGGCAUUGACUCGACAGUGAUUGAAUGCUUCGAUAUCCACGACAUCAAUGGUACUGUCUUACUUGACCUGCAAUUUGAGCACCUGAAGGAGCUGGAUAUUGCCUCUUUCGGCAAGAGGCAUCAGCUAUGGAACGCCAUCUGCCUCCUCAAAGGCGAAGAUGUACACCCUAGCCCACAGGCUACACCAUUCCAAGACAUUAGCAGACCAUGCACAUCCAACACCCGACGAUCGUCGAGCCGUGGACGCUUGGCUCAAACUUCUAUCGCAGACAACGAGGAAAGGCCGUCAAGUCCAGCAAGAGGCAAGUCGAAACGACGAGGUCGAAAGGCACCAAAGACCAACGAUGUCAUCUCCCCUCAGGAGUCCGUCUCGAUCGUCGCUAUCGAACAACUUCUACCCAAACCACAUACUUGUGCAAAGGGUGAACGCUGUGCAAAAUGGCGCAAGCAACAACGCGAACUCCAGCAACUCAAGGACGAGAACGGCAUUGGUCGCUUCCCAAUCAGUCCCGCCCGAGGAGGCCGCAUCGUCCUCACUGGCGAUCCCGGCAAUGCCAUGACAGCAGAGAACAUGCUACCGAACGUCAGGCUUCAGUCACCUCAGCAGCCCCAGCAAGCUCAACCAUCAGCCGGCUUUCCAUCUGUGGUUGCUUCAUCGGAUCUUCUCGGUCCUGGUCAGCUGCCUGAGUUCGCGUUGCAUCAAGAUGUGCUCGAUCAACUCGGCAUGCGUGACCCGCAGGACAACGUCAAGCAAUUCCUCAACUUCCAACACGUCCAAUCGCCAGUAGAAGAGAACCGACCACCAACACCACCCUUCGAGAUGUUCCCACCACAAUCCGUCUCCCCGUUCCCGGCCGCUACACCCAACCCUUACCUAUUCUACAAAGAAGCACCAGCAGCCAUGCAACGACCAAGCUACACGCCCGGCCCGCACGAACAACUCAGAAGCCUCCCCAAACUCGACAUCCCUCGCUCAGCAUCUGCCGGGCCACAACUGAACAGCUCUCGCUACAUGUCACCCCAAACAGCACAUCCCACCACAGCAGCAGCCAUGACAAUCUGCCGCUCAGCCACAGCCUCACCACAAACCAUCUACCGUCUCGGAACUCCAGCCUCGGAAAUGGACGUACCAAUCACAACCUCUCUCCAAUCCAUGCAAGGCCCCAUCUCAAGAGACACAUCCCAAUCCGUCCCUCCAAGCAUGCAAUACCGUCCCCAACUCCCACGCUCCCACUCCCGAAAAGAAUCCACCUCCUGGCGUCGCCCCUCCUUCCAACUCCCCUCCGUCCAAGAAAACGAAAUCCUCUCCUCCCCAUCAUCCUCCUCCCGUCCAUCCCUCACCACCCGAACCCAAUCCGGAGACUCCUCCUCCUCCAAAACCUCAGCCUCCGACCCCGCCAAACACUCCCCCGUAAUCCGCGACUUCGGCUACGGCCCCGACUGUUCCCAUUCCGGCUGGAUGAAAAAACGCCAACGCACAAAAAUUCUCCGUCACGAAUGGUCCGAAUCCCAUUUCCGCCUCAAAGGCUCAAAACUCACACAACACAACUCCGCUCGUCUUUCCGCGAACAUUCAAGACUCGAUCAACGUGGAUGAGUACUCCGUCGCGUGUAGUUCUGUGGGGCAGAAUUCGAAGUUGGCGGCUGCGUUUAAGGCUUUGACGAUUAAAGAUGAGAGUAAGAAGAAAGGGGGAGAUGGUGGGGGGGACGGGACGGGUUUUGCUUUUCAACUUGUUCCUGAAAGGAGUCAUUUGAAGGGUCCUGUUGGGGGGAAUUCGAAAACUCAUCAUUUUGCGGUCAAGUCGAAGGAUGAGAGGAUUGAUUGGAUGAGGGAGUUGAUGCUUGCUAAGGCUAGGGAGCAGAGGGGGAAAGGGUUUGAGGUUGAGGUGAAUGGG